AUGGAAACCACGUGGAAACACACAAACGAAAAGGAAGGGGGGAGGAAAUGGAAAGAGAGCGCCAAGAACUCGGAGGUGUGGUACAACAAGGUCGAGGACGGGGCGGCAUGGUUCAUGAGGAAAUGGCACAGGCAGGAGGCGGAAGCGUCCGCGAAGCGCCAGCGCGCGCGGGAAGCAGAAGCAGAGAGUACGACCAUCUCAGGACCGAAGAGAAAGAGAACCGGCGAAGCGGCGGUGGGGGGGAAGAAACGGCGAACGGGCACUGCUGUAGAAGCGAGUAGGGCGGCCGAGGCAACGCUUGUGGCGAACUAUGCACCCGGCUGAUGUUGUUGCGCCCGGUUUCCCUCCCUGCCGUAUGCUAUACUCCUUUAUGUAUGUCCUUGUAUUGCCUUCGGCCUCUGUGCUGUGUUUCUUUUUUUUUUUCAUGACCUCCCUGCCUGCUCUGCUGUGUUGGGUACCUUGAUCUCGCUUUGCUGUUGCCUUUGUUUUUUUGUACGGCUGGCUGUCUGCCCAUCUGCCGCCUCUUUGCCCUGUUUGCUCCGUUACUCCCAUGCCCUGGUGCGCAGUGCCUGGUGCUGGUACGUUACGUUACCCUUUCAUUUUUUCUUUCGGCGGGUGUGGGAAGCGUCCUCCUUUAUUUUUUUUUUUUUUGUUAUUUUUGUUUUGUUUUAUUCUGAUCGGUGUCCGAGGGCUCUUUUCUCGAACNGAAAAACAAACACACAUCACACACCCACACAGCUGCAGACACCAUGCCCUGCGCGGUGGGCAGUCGCUGCACGGCUGUCCCCGAUCACACGCCAGGCCCGCCGGCGUUUUCACAAAUCACCAAUGUAGAGGAGUCUGCGGGCAGUACCUCCAUGGUACCUGUGGUGUGGUGGACCCUCAGGGCACCUCCGAGAUGCAUCGCAUCUGCCACAACUGCCUGUCCUCCCGUUGGUUUCUUGGGUUUGUGUUAUUUGUACGGCGAGUGAUGUUUUGAUAUUGUGAAGCUCUUUUUUUUUCGUUGACUUGUGUUUUUGUCGGGGGUUUAAAUCGAUGGGAUGAGAGGUAUGAGGGUGUUAUGUUGAGGGUACGGUGGGAGGAAGGGGUGCAUUGUGUAAACGGGUGCGUCGUUCUUGAGUGCUGGUGCAUUCGUUGCCUCGUGUUGUCCUUCUAGAAGAGGUGCGACUAUGAAACACAGCUAUAAAACAACUCAACCAAAAACCUUUUACGUGUCCACGUGCAAAAUGUGCAUCGCANGGCUAUAAAACAACCAAAAACCUUUUACGUGUCCACGUGCAAAAUGUGCAUCGCAUCACACAACGAUGAUUUAUUUUCCGAACGCAGAUCCACCAAAAGCGUACCACGUACAGCAGUACUUGGGUCCACGUGCUUGCCAACCAAGAGAAUGAGCGGUGUUUGGAGGUAGCCCGACGUGGUAACGCUAGCUGCGCAAGUGACAUGCAUGAUACGCUCUCUUCAUGACCUAUUUUGGCAUUCGAGUGUAGUCAGUGCGCGAGAGUCCCUGUUUCACGACCUUUAUUUAGUUUUGUCUACGAUAUUAUUAGAGAAUAUUCUCUUAUAUAGUGAAAUACUGUUUAAGAGAAUUCUCUCUUAUACCGUAGCCAACACGAUAUAACAGAAAGCCGGAUUUAAGAGAGUGAAAUUGGCUUGUACCGACCCUUUAUAAACCGUAGCCGCUA